UUAAAUAUAUCGUCAACUUUGUUCGGAAAUAAACGGCAUCCGAUUUUAUACUUUAUAGUUUAAUUCACAUGAUAUCCGGUGUAGACUGAGUCUUGUAGACAAACCCAGCGAUUAACGAGUUGUUUUUACUUAUAGAGAGCUGUAAGGCAAGUCAUCAGAAAGCUGAAAAAAGAUGUAGAAAACCCCCUAGUAGUGGAUUAUGACAAGUUUGAAAACAAUGAUAUAAGGACAAUUGUGCGAGAAGUUAGGAGAAGCUACACCAACUAUGAUUGGGGAUCAGGUACCAUUGAAGAGGCAUUAAGGCGAGUAUGGAGAAACAUGCGUGAUGAAGAAAGAAGACGCGAGAAAGGGAAAAAGGAACUCCACAGACGCCAGAGUAAACAGGCAAAGCGCAUUAGAGAUAAAUUAAAGAGUAAAUGCACUCAGCUGAAAAAUGAUGCCAUCUACAAGAAAAAGGACCGAAAGAAGAUAAGAAAAUGCCUACCCAAGGAGGCCACAUCACCAGAAGUGACAGACGAAGAUGAACCAACACAGCGUGUUGCGAUUCCCUUUGUGUGGGAAUCAAGUCUUCUGCGGGCAAUCAAGUGUGAUCUGGACAGAGGAUACAGCGAUUCUCUCGGGAUUCAACAAAGGAGGCAGAAGUCUAAAGUGACCAGGAGUGCCACUGAGAUGACCAUGACCCCACCUCCAAGGGACAUUCCCGGCUGGGCAAUCUCUACAACCUAUCACCUUGAUGGCUGAACCGUAGUGAGAUCUCUAAUCUCUUCAUCAACCAAUCCCUCUGUGCCAUAAAGUCCACCUUCUUUUCAGUUUUUGUAAAUGGGAAAAAUGCCAUAGAAUUGUUAAGUACAUACAUGAUUUCCUGUCUAAUAUUUUUUUACAAGUAAAUUCUAAUUAUUGUAGAGAAAAAAAUUAUUAAUAUUUUCAUCUUUUCAUUUGUAUAGUGCUAUGAAAUUAAGGCAUUGUUAUGCAUAUUUUGCGCUUUAAAGAUUAUAGUUUGUUAUAAUAAUAUAUUAUUUAUUUUAGAAAAAAAGGUUACCUGUAACUGGAUUAUCUUUUUAUUGAAAUAAGGGUUUUUUUAUAGUGCUUAGAAAUGAAGCUAGUGUUUUAAUGUUUGAAAGAAAUUAUGAUAUAUGCAUUGAUGGAUUUUUUUAUCAGGCAAACGAAAGGGGGGGGGGGGGGGGGUCAGAGAAGCACAACUUCUAUAAACGGAUGCACAGACUUUUCAUACUUUUUAGAUAUUUAGGGAGCAAUGUGUUAAUGGGUAUAUUAGUUAAUACCAGUAAAUUUUGGUUCCAGUAUUUUUUAGGGUAUUUUGACCCUUGAAUUUAAUAAUUUUGUGUUGUUAAAGAUGUGCAUAAGUUUUUAUCUGAUGAUUUUUUUUCAGUUAUACCCCUUUAUCAAAUAAUUUUGUGUGUUAGUACAAGUAAUGGGGUAAUGGGAGUUUGUGAUUUUUUUUUCUUCAUUUUUUCAAAAAUUAUAUUUGUUUAUGAUUUUAACACAAUUUUAGAAAAUCUUUAUCAAGGGAAUUGUAAGGUUGGCCCUGUCAUUAAUUUAAAAAAAAAAACGUCUGUGUUCCAACCUUUAUAAAACUAUGCAUCUUACCCCACUACACAUAGACAUACACUGUUUAUGACAUUAUGUCACAAGAUGGUGAUUGGUGAUUUGUUUAAUUCUUUGUAUCAAUUGAUUUGGUUGUGCAUCAUCAAAACUAAGUGGUUUAAGUACUGUGCUUGUGAAAAGUAGAUCAUGAGUUCAAAUCCGUUUUGGAUUUUUGUUCAAUUUGACUUUAACACAUGAGCCCCCCCCCCCCCCCCCCCAAAUCAAUCAAAUGUAUAUACAUGUGUAUUUAAAAUACAAUGUUUUAAAUUUAAAUUCAAAUGUCCUCUUGCAUUAAAUAGUGAAAAAAAAAUUGAUGACAUUGUAUUGCACAAACUGCAAUUUUAGACAGGUCCAAUAAUCAUACAUGCAUUGGUCUAUAGAUUGCAAGUGAGAAAGAUAAAGAUUGCAGAUUAUUAUGCUUGUGUGUGAUUGAUUUAUUGUUACAUGUAUUAGGUUUUGUGUAUAUCAAGAUGAAGUUAUUUAUGGGAAACUGACAAAAAUAUGAUAAACAACUUUUAUAUUUAAUACCAGAUUUGUUGCAUAGAUUUGCAAUUUUAUUACAUGUACUAUGAUCUGAAAUUUCAUAAAUGUACAUAGUGCUUGUAUAUUUUGAGA